AUGGUCAUCAAAGAACUGGACGAGCUUCGGGUUCCAGCUUUCUAUGUCAUCAACGGUGGUUCCCAUGCUGGCAACAAGCUGGCCAUGCAGGAGUUCAUGAUCCUUCCCGUUGGUGCAGCGAACUUCAAGGAGGCCAUGCGCAUCGGAGCAGAGGUUUAUCACAACCUGAAGAAUGUCAUCAAGGAGAAAUAUGGAAAAGAUGCCACCAAUGUGGGCGAUGAAGGUGGAUUUGCUUCUAAUAUCCUGGAGAACAAAGAAGCUCUGGAACUGCUGAAGAAUGCCAUCGGGAAGGCGUACACCGAUAAGGUGGUCAUCGGCAUGGACGCAGCUGCUUCCGAGUUCUUCAGGUCUGGGAAGUAUGACCUGGACUUCAAGUCCCCUGAUGACCCCAGCAGGUACAUCACGCCUGACCAGCUGGCUGACCUCUACAAGUCCUUCAUCAGGGACUACCCAGUGGUAUCUAUCGAAGACCCCUUCAACCAGGAUGACUGGGAAGCUUGGCAGAAGUUCACUGCCAGCGCUGGAAUCCAAGUGGUGGGGGACGAUCUCACCGUGACCAACCCGAAGCGGAUUUCCAAGGCUGUGGGCAAGAAAUCGUGCAACUGCCUCCUGCUUAAAGUGAACCAGAUUGGCUCUGUGACCGAGUCUCUUCAGGUGUGCAAGCUGGCCCAGUCCAAUGGGUGGGGCGUCAUGGUGUCGCAUUGCUCCGGGGAGACCGAAGAUACCUUCAUCGCUGACCUGGUGGUGGGACUCUGCACUGGGCAGAUCAAGACGGGUGCACCAUGCAGAUCCGAGGGCUUGGCCAACUACAACCAGAUCCUCAGAAUUGAAGAGGAACUGGGUAGCAAGGCCAAGUUCGCCGGCAGAAGCUUCAGAAACCCCCUUGCCAAGUAAGGUCCAGGUGGCGCACCCUGUGGUCCUGAGUCGGCUCGUUAGACCUCUGCUCCCCCGGGCAGCUCGAGGCCCCCAGCCCAAAGUGGCAGGGCCCUGUGCUAGUUAGCUGCCCUCUCCUUUCCCCGUGAUGUUCUCAAAGCUUCCUUAGAGUUGCUACAGAAGCCAGACUUGACCAUCUGGAACCCUGCUGGGA